AUGGGAAAGUACUCGAAAUCGAGAUCAAGAUCAACUGAUAGAAAAAGAGACCACAGGCAUAAAGAUAAGAAAAAGCACAGAAGACACUCUAGAAGUGGAGAACGCGUAGAAUCUAGAAGAGAAGAGCGUCCAAGAGACAGAGAUAGAAAAUAUGAUGAUCAUAGUAGCAAAUCAUCUAGAGAUGAAAAAGGGCAUAAUAGCCAUGAUGAUAGUAAUGGAAGAGGCCGAUCUGAGAAUCACAGCAGUGAUAGAAGAUAAGUAGAGCAACCUCUCAGCAGAGAAGAAGAAUAUAAAAAAUACCAGCAGCAGCAAGAAGAAGAGAAAAGAAGAGAAGCUAGAAGAAGCAGAUUCUCAGAUUAACCUAACCUACCUCCGAAUUCAAAUGGGAAUGCUUAAAUUGAUUAGAAAGUGCUAAUGCCUCCACCAGCUGUUCCACAAAAGAAGAAGAAAUUUGUUUGGACAGAUGCAGAUGCAGAGGAUCUCAAAUAACAAUAGCUCAAGGAUAAGAGAAUGAGUUUGGAUGAGUCCCAUCCCGCUCUUAUGUUUGGAGCAAAUCCAAGUUUGAUGUAAAACUUGAGUCCUGCCAUUCUUAAUGCUUUACAAGAUUCAUCUAAGAUCAAGAAGAAGAUUUACUUGCCAAAGAACACUGGUGUAAAUUAUAUUGGACUUUUGAUUGGACCUAGAGGACUAUAUCAAAAGAGGCUUGAAGAAGAGUCAGGAUGCAAAAUCUUAAUCAGAGGUAAGGGAUCUUAAAAAGAAGGCUCAGCUCCUUAACCAGAUGAUAAUGAUGAGCAACAUGUACUUGUGAUUGGAGAUUCAGCAGAGAGUGUUAGAAGAGCUCAAAAUGCUAUCGAGAGAGUCAUUUCUGCUGAUGAUUCUACAAGAAAUAAAAUUAGAGAAGAAUAAUUGAAUGUAGCCUAGCAAAUUAACAAUUAAGUCCUCCCUAACUCAUAGAUGGACGAUAGUAUGAUGACUCCAUAUGGUCCACCUUCCCCUUAUGCAUAUAUUAUUCCUGUUCCCAAUGAUUGUGUAGGAUUAAUUAUAGGGAAAGGAGGAGAUACAAUAAGACAACUUUAAAUGGAGAGUGGAGCGAAAAUAUAGGUUGCCAAGAAAGAAAUUCCUAAUAGUAAUCUAAGAAAUGUCUUCGUAGAAGGAGUACCUGAGAAAUAUUAAAGAGCUAAAGAAAUGAUUGAAGAAAUUAUAAGAGAACAUAGAAGAACUGCAGAUCCUUAAAUCCAUGUAGGAGAUGUUAAUCCAUUCGCAGGUCCACAUCAGAAAAUCAAAGUUCCAGACAAAUUUGUAGGUUUAAUUAUAGGUAAAAAUGGAGAAAAUCUAAGAGGUAUUGCUCAAAGAAGUAACACUAAGAUAUUCGUACCUCAAAAGAAUACUGAUCCUGGAUCUGAGGAGAGAACUAUAGAGGCAGACGGAGAUGCCUAAAGUUGUGAAAUAGCAAGAUAAGAGAUUCUAAGUCUCAUCCAGAGGUAUAUGUCCUAAUCAUCUUCAUCUAAUUUUGAUUACUCUAAGAAUCCAUAUGGUAGUGGUAUUGCAGUCUAUAAUUAAUAAAAGCUAGCUUCUGACGGAUAGGCAAUUAAUGGUGCCGUCCCUGAUUCUUUAAAGCCAGAAAGCGGAAGUUUUGCUAGUAAUUUACUGACAGAAAAUCCUAUGAUUGCAUAUGCAAGUAUGCAACUUACAGGAUGGUCGUAUGAUGAUUAAAGCUAACAAAUGGAUCGUAAGAAUACUUUUUGUUUAUAUAAAUUUUUAGCAUCAAAAUAAGGUGAGAGGACUGAUUAAGAACAUACAGGAUAGUAUGGUUAGGAGGGAUAUGAUUACAAUGCUUAUUAAAAUUACUAUGGUGCUGCUGCUGGUACAGAUCCAAAUUAUGAUGCUGCUUAUUACCAAUAGUAUUAUGGACAACAAUACUAUGACUAGUCCUAUGCUUAGCAGAAAACUGACUAGCCAGCAAAUCCAAACCCUGAAUAAUAAUAGCCAGCAGCUGAAGGAUAAAUUGCAACAGAUCAAUAACAGCAAUAAUAUAAUCAGGAAUAUUACAAUCAGUAUUACUAACAAUAUUAUUAGCAAGCAGGAGCUCAAGGAGGCUAAGGUGAUUAUGCAGCAUAUUAUUAGUAGCAGUAACAGUAUUAUGCAGGCUUAGGCUAUGAACAUUAGCCAGAUACAGGGGCAUACCCACCAGUAGUAGGGUAGGAAUAAAUUGCUGGGGAUCAGCAAACACCUAAUUAAUAGCCAGGCUAAUGA